AAAAAAAAAAAAAAGUUGCCACCUAUGCUUUAAGGUGUUAUAAUAUUCAAUAAUUUGAUUUUGAGUUUGUGUAUUAUGAGAGCACUACACCCACAGACCACAAAAUAUGAAUAUUAUUAACAUAACAUGUUAAAAAUAUUCGGUAUAGUUAAAAAUAAAAAAAAAGUCAACAUUUAAGCAUAGUGUUCUUAGGUUUAAUUUUAAUGAUAGAUUAAUUCAAUCUAAUAUUAAAAUUAAUAAUGCACAAUUGAUUCAAGAAACGCUAAUUUUCUAUGUCGUACGUAAGACGGUGACAUUGCGGAUGUGACGUCUUCUUAAUAAUGAUCUGCAAGACUUCAAUAAAAUACAUUUUUCUAAUUAUAUGAAAACAAGCGAUGAAAUAAAUUGUAGCAGACCGUUAACUAAUACGGAAACAGAAAAAUUAUUUUUAUUGAAUUACCUAGAUUCUUUUUUUUUUUACGGUUAUGAACCGACGACGCCGCGGGGACUGCUUGCGCAUUUCUUCCGCGACACCGCCAAUAUGAAUUACCUAGAUCCUAGAUUACUGUAAAGAGACUUUGUAGUACUUACCCAGAAAAAUAUUAUUAUUAUUAUUAUUAAUUUGUAACGAAAUCAUCUUAAAAUACCCCCUCCCCUCUAAACUAUUCAUCCAUGUACUUAAUGAAUAAAAUAUAUGGUUACUGGAUGGUGGCCGGCGGGUGGUGUAACUUGACUUUUUUUCGUCUAUGGACAAAAAGUUCACGCCAUCAUUGGUCAUCAUUACCAUCGAUUCAAAAUCGUUAAUUUUUAUUUAUUAAAUCUAACCUAACCCUGAUCAAUAUGUCAUGUUGUCAUCAUAGUUUAUAAAUCAACUAGUAAAAAUAUUGUACUAGUGUGAUACAUGUCAUUAAUACAUUGUUAACUAUAGAGGAUACUAUAUAUAAUCGUGGUAACAACGCCGUGUACAUUUUAAUUCUAUUUAUACAUUUUUAUCACAACUGCCGAUACCAAAUAUUAGCGUCGAUCUAAUAUUCAUUAAUCAUUAUUGCUCGUAAGUUUGAUAAAUAAAUAAAUAACCGCAAUAUUGUAUAAUAUGAACUAUUUUGUUAAAUAUUUUUGAAUUUUGUCGCUGACUGUUAUCCUUCCUUCCAUUGCGUAUUCCUUCAUUCAUUUCAUUGGCCAGGGAUGUAGACCGCUGAGUGCACUGUUCAAUAGUGGUAUUUCUGUCCACUGUCUACGAGUCUACAAUUCCGGGUUUACGUACGCAAGGCUUGACAGAUAUUAUUAAAGAGUAUUAACAGUCACGAUGACGGAUUCUGAUUUGAGUGACGUUUCUUCUACAAGCGAUGUAAAUUAUUCAGACAUCGACUUCGAUACACCAAACACUACAGAUAUGAAGUUAAGUGACGUCAGUGACUAUCCAUGUGAUGAUGGUUCUGUUAGGAACAUUUCAUUCGAAAGAAAAAAAAAAAAUGCACUGAGAUCAUUAAAUCAAGAUUCGCUGUCAUCGCUUUCAGAAAAUGAAUUUGACACCGUGUCUUUAUCUUCAAAUGUAACGAGUUAUGAAAAUACCAGCCAAUAUGAUACUAAAUGUGCUGUUAUAUUGUGUAAUUCAAAUGCAAGAAAUCAGUUUGAUAGAUUAUUUUUUAUCAAUUUUCCUAAGGAUAAUAAAGAUCUUUGUGAAAUUUGGUGGAGAUUGUGUGGACACCAUGGUUUGUUUAAUCCUUUUUCAAAGAUAUGUUCUAUUCAUUUUAAAGCAGACGAUUUUACUUCUAAUAUGGUAAGAAGAGAUGGCAAACUCUAUAAACAAACAAUUUUGAAAAACAAUUUUAUUGUACCAACUCUUUAUUUACAUUCGUAUGAGUAUGCAAAGUUUACUAGGAAACGACGAAAAAAACGUGUUAAUGAUGUUUGCAAACACACAAAAUCAACAUCAAUAUAUGUUUGUGUAAUUCAAGGCUGCAAGAAAACAUCUUUAAAAAAUGGAAAAACUACAUUAUUUUUCAAAUUUCCGCUUGAAAACAAAUUUCUACUAAAAAAAUGGUUAAAUAAUAUUGGAUUACCUUUUUGGAAGCCAUUAAAAACUAAUCGAAUAUGCUCUGAUCAUUUUGAAAGCUAUUACAUUAAGAAGAUUGAUAAUGUUUAUCAACUUAAUAAGUAUGCAGUUCCAUCAAUUAAACCAAAAAACUUGUUUGUCUUCAAUAACAAAGAUUCCAAUAGUAAACAGUUCAAAACAUCUAUUAAUGACUGUACUAAUCCAUCUGAUUUUAGUAGAAUAAAAUUUAAUGUAGUAGAUAAAAAUACUUUGAUAGUCAAAGAAAAUAAAAGAAAAAAUAGUGAUGAUGGAAGAACUAUUUUGUUAAAUUCAUUAGAGCAUAAAAUAGAUCAACAGCUAAAAGAAUAUGAUAAAAUACUUGAAGUAACUACACUUUUAAAUUCACCAGUAUUACAUGACAGUAAUAAAGAAGUACAAUCAUUAAAUUCCUCAACAAAAUGCAAUAGUUCAAAUUUUGAAGAAAUGUUGGAUGAUGUCAAUGACGUUAAAGAAUUUCAAUCUAAAGAAAAGACUGAUUUAAGUUUAACAAAACAAUAUCUAGAAUCAUUUGAAAAAGAAAUUGCAAAAGAAAGAGAGAACAUAAAUGGAAGUAUAAAUAAUAAUGAUAUCGAUUUAGAAUAUGUUUAUUUGGAUAUAUUAAAUGAUGUAAAUAUGAAUGCAAGUGUUAUGGAAGAUCAACCUAUACAUGAUACAAAGAAUAGUUUAAAAGAUGAAGAUAAUACAACUGCAUUAGAAUAUGAAAUAAAUAAAAACGAUGUGAAAAAUAUGUCUGUAGAAUCAAUAAAGACAAAUAUAUUAUUUGAAGAAAAAGAAGUGAUGAAUAAAAUUUCAAACAAUAAUGAUAUGGAUUUGGAAUAUGUUUAUAUGGGUAUGUUAAAUGAUGAAAAUAUGAUGGGAGUACAGCCUAUUUAUGAUACUAAUAUUAGUGUAAAAGAUGGAUGUAAUGCAACUGAAAUAGGAUUUGAAACAAAUAAUAAUAAUAAUAAUAAUUCAAAAAACAUGAUUGCAGAAUCCACAAAGCUUAAUAUCGCUGAAGAAACUCCUGAAUCUAUCAUUUAUGAUCAAGUUUUAACAGAAUGUUAUGGUGAAAUGCUUCCACCAUAUUGCGACCCAAAUUGUCAGCUAAAAUGUUAUUAUUUUGUACCUGAUCCUCAGCGAAAAGAAAUUUUUAAUCAAUUUCAUCAAUUGGAAAAUGUGACUGAACAGAACUGUAAAAUCGCUCAAUUAGUGCAAUUGGUUAUGGUUGAAAAUUCAGAAAGUAAUUUUGAGAGAUGUCUGACAUGCUAUUUAACUAUGAAUGAGGAGUCUGUGAAAGUGUGCCGAGUAUUUUUUAUAAAUACAUUGGGUAUUCCUGAACAGCGUCUCGAUGCCAUUUUGAAACCAGAUAAUUACAAUUGGUAUUCUAAUAGUGAUGUUGCGUUGAAAGGUAAUCAUCCAAAACAAGCAAAAGUAAUAAGCGAACAAAUUAUAAUCACAAAUUUCAUGAAAGAAUCUUUAAAGCUGUUAGACAAAGACUACAAUUUAUAUGUUCCUGAGAGUGAUACUGAAAUUGAUCUAGAAAGUGUACCAUCCGAAGAGCAAGAAAAAGUGUUAACUUACAUAAAAGGUAUUCCUAGAAUUUUAUGUGUGCCCAAAAUUUCUGGAGACUUAAAGAAACAAUUAUUUGAAACCAGUAUUUGUGUGGGAUAUAUGUAUAAAACGUAUUCUGAAAACUAUAUUAGAAACAAAAUUCCACCACCAUUAACAAAAUGCCAGUUUAAAAAAAUCUACAAUCAGUAUAUGAAGUCUCAUUUAAAAAUGAUUUAAACUCAAAUUAAUUCUAUUACUGUU